AUGCUCUACGAACUGGUAGCGGUGGUCCGCCCGGGCAACCUCUCUCAUGUCAAAGAGAUCGCUCGAGUUGCCGGCCAGCAGAUUCUCGACAACAAAGGCGUGAUACGCGGUAUCAAGAACUGGGGACAAUUCGACCUUCCGCGCCCGACCACAAAGCAUCAAACCCAGCACCAUCAGGGACACUACUUUGUCAUGCAGUUUGACGCACCCGUCAAGGUUCAGCAAGAAGUCCGGCGGUUGUUGAGUCUCGAUCCCCGUAUGAUUCGAUAUUCUGUAGUCAAGAUUGGCGACAAACUCGGCGGCGUCAAUGGCGCAAUUGAGGAAGUGACGGGCGAUAUACCAUGGAACUCGGCGUCACAAAGCGCAGAUGGCUUGUCGCGGGGGCUUUUCGAACCCAAGUGGGUGAGAGGAUUCCCAUAG